CGCCCUCCUUUAACUUCAAUAUUCAACUCAAUAGUCUCAGUGCUACACCUGUUACCUAAACUAAAACCGUCCGACUUUCAGGGCUGAUCUGAAUCUUGAAAGAUAACACCAAUACCUUACCAUGAUAAACAUCAAACGAUUGGGCGAAUGAUGAUGAUGAGAAACGAAGAGAACUCUCCUGCUCAGCAAUGUCUAUCCAGCAUUUGCCGGAGCAUGUCAUUGCCCAGAUCAAGUCGUCUACCACCAUAACUUCGCUUAAUAGUGUUGUAUAUGGCUUGGUAAAGAAUUCGCUGGAUGCUGACGCAACUAAAAUUACCAUAUCUAUCGAUUACACUCGAGGCAAUUGCUCUGUUGAGGAUAAUGGCUUGGGAAUUCCACCGAGCGAAUUCAAGUCCACUGGUGGGCUAGGCAAAUUGCAUUAUACGUCUAAAUUCCCUGCUCGUAAAGAUAUCCACGGUCGGCAUGGUACCUUUGUAGCAUCAGUGGCUGCUUUAUCAUUACUCUCCAUUACGUCUCAUCACCAUAGCUAUCAUUCUCACAACACAAUCAAAAUCCACAACGCUGAAGUCUUGGCACGGCAUAUCCCUGCGUUGCCGGAACAAAGGUUGUUAAGUUUCCCUCAUGGGACUCGAACUACUGUCCGGGACCUCUUUGGGUCGAUGCCGGUGAGAGUCAAGCAGAGGGCCAUCGACGCUGAGAGAGGUAUCCAUGCUAAGGAUUGGGAACGACUAAAACGCGGCCUUGUAGCCUUGUUACUCGCUUGGCCAGGCCAGGUCUCUGUAUCACUUCGAGACUCUAUAGACCAGCGCACUUUUGCGAUCCGAAUACCUGUGGAGUCCUCAAUGAUCCAGAACGAGAAAAAUGAAAUUAUUGGCCUUACCACUCGUGUUUCGAGAGUAUUAUUCCAAGCUCAGCUAUGUGAUGAUCAUUCUCGAGAUCUAUGGGUCCCCCUUACAGCAUCGGCAGGUUCAGUUUCCGUCGUAGGGGCAAUAUCGCUAGUUCCAAUAAUAUCUCGACAGGUGCAGUUUAUCAGCAUAGGCAUUCAACCGGUGUCUAAUGAACACGGCUCAAACGUCCUUUACGAAGAGAUCAAUCGAUUAUUUGCAAAUUCUAGCUUCGGUGUAGAAGAAGUCGCCGGCAAUCUCGAUGAGGAUGAACAAAAUAGGCGAGCUAAGGAUCGUCGAUUCAAAGCAGACGGGUACACCAACCAGGAACUUCGGGGUAGGAAAGGGGUUGAUCGAUGGCCCAUGUUCUAUAUCAAAAUUAAUCUUGAAGAACAGGCACCCCGACUUGCUAGUAAUGACGUGGAUGAAAUCUUCAAUGAACGCCACCAGGAUUUACAGGCAAUCGUCGAUAUUAUAACUGCAGUAAUCUAUGAAUUUCUCAAGGCGCAUCACUUUCGCCCAAGAUAUUCCAGGCCUCGCAAGGUUUUAUCAUCUAAACAAUCGAACUCUCGGGAUAGGCAUAGUAAAUCAGUAUCUAGGAGCUCCACCCCAAGAGAGGAUUCUAAAACAGGCCGCAUUCGUACACCUCGAAACCAUUCAUCCGUUGGAGAUUUGGCCAUUACUAGGUUGAAUCUUGCUCCUAGUAACUCUGGACUACGACCUGAAUCUCCAUUCGAUUCAUGGACACGUAUUAAGUCGGGACAACCUCAGUAUGCUCAUCUGUAUGAGAAGGCCACCUCGGACCAACAAGAAGCUGAAGAGUGUGGUCAUAGCCGAACCCCCAUGACAGGGUCUUUAUGCACAGGGGACGAUGACGAUAUAGAAAACACCCCUCUCGUUGCUCCGGAUGGCGCGCUGUUACGUUUUCCUUUCCCUGACGUCGAAAUGAGCGUGCCUGAAAUUAGCCAGAAGAGCACCCCCGAAAAGGAGGACCUAGAUGAGGGAUCAUCGUUAAUUGAAGAAAAUGCGGGAAUCUCGUGGACCAAUCCAACGACCAAAGAAACCUUUUCUAUCGAUGACCGGACUGGCCUGGUGCUACAGCCUCAAAUGAAUGCGACUGAAAUGCCGCGUGCUAGCCGUUUACCGUUGAGAAAGAAGCUACGCACAAACACCAGACCAGUUCCUAGAGACGAGAGGAGCAAAUGGUUAGGCGAUCUCUUGUCAUCCUGGGAAAAUCCUGUAUUUCCGUCACAUGAGCCACCAAUCCCCGUUGCCUUUGAUGAAGCAAAGACGUUGGCCCUAGUAACGAAGGCAUCAGGCGACUGUUUUCAUGGGUGCGAAUCGAAGUCGGUAGACUUUGCACAGGCCUCUCACAAUAUCGAGGGUCGACUAUCUAAAGAUGAUUUACGGAAUGCCAAUAUCAUAGCCCAGGUCGACAGAAAGUUCAUAUUAACAAAAGUUCCUUUGUCCUCCAACCCACCCAAUCCAGGUAAAAGUAAAGUGGGUGAAACAUCAUUACUCGUCAUGAUUGAUCAACAUGCCGCGGAUGAACGGUGUCGGGUUGAAGCCUUAAUGAAGGAUUAUUUCGUGGUUCUGGAAGAUGAUGGUAUUUCUCCGAUGGAGGAACGCCACCAGUCGAUCUAUGCCCAAUCAUUGCCGUUGGAGAAGCCCAUCAUCUUCGACGUCUCCCGUCAGGAUAGUCGUCAACUCGAACGCUCCAAGGAGUAUUUCACGCAUUGGGGGGUUCUAUUUGAAGUCAAUUCGGCAUCAAAACCAAAGUCCGAGGGGAAAGGAGGGGCGAAAUUGAAUGUCCUUGGGUUGCCGCCGAGCAUAUCUGAAAGAUGUCGUGCGGAACCCCGUUUACUUAUCGAGUUAUUGAGGAAAGAAGCAUGGAAAUUUGACGAGCAAAGCCACGGUGUCUUACGGUCCACGCAAACGGAGGAGGAGCAGGGGAAUGAUGAUAACACUACCGAAUUACACUGGCUCGCUAGGCUUCAUGGAUGUCCCCACGGCAUCCUAGAAAUGAUUAACUCGAGGGCAUGCCGCAGUUCCAUAAUGUUCAACGACGUGCUUUCCCACGAGGAAUGUGUCGACCUGGUUAAGCGGUUAGCGGACUGCACCUUGCCUUUCCAAUGUGCCCAUGGAAGACCAUCAAUGGUACCGCUGGUCGAUAUAGGAAGUAUCCCAAUGGGCAUGGAUGAUGUUGGGAAGCAUAAAGGUAGUUUUGGCGAGGAGUUUAGGAGGUGGAAAUCUAGCAGAUCAAAUUAAUAGUAUAUUGUAAUUGAAUGAGAUAAUCCAAGAUACCCAUUUCUAUUUCAAAGUUUCUAGACAAACCAG